AUGAGAAACCAGACCUCCAGGACAGAGUUCAUCCUACUGGGACUAACAGACAGACCAGAGAUUCAACCCAUAAUCUUUGUAUUUCUCUUCCUCACCUACAUAUUCAGCAUCACUGGGAACCUCACCAUCAUCAUCCUCACACUCCUGGACUCCCACCUACAUACUCCCAUGUAUUUCUUCCUCUGGAACUUCUCCUUCCUGGAAAUCUCCUUCACAUCCACUUUUACCCCAAGACUUCUGUUCAGUAUCUCAACUGGAAACAAGAGCAUCAGCUUUGCUGGCUGCCUCACUCAGUAUUUCUUUACCAUAUUUCUUGGGGCCACAGAGUUUUACCUUCUGGCAGCCAUGUCCUAUGACCGCUAUGUGGCCAUUUGUAAACCUCUGCACUACACCACCAUCAUGAGCAGCAGAGUCUGUGUCCAGCUGGUCCUCUGCUCUUGGCUAAGUGGUUUCCUAAUCAUUGUAUCCCCCAUCAUCCUGACCAGUCAACUGGAUUUCUGUGCCUCCAACAUCCUGAAUCAUUACUACUGUAACUAUGGUCCCCUCAUAGAAAUAUCUUGCUCAGACACAACAUUCCUGGAGCUUCUUGACUUUUUUUUAGCAGUUGUGACCUUGGUGGUCACCCUUGUGCUGGUGAUUAUCUCCUAUGCAAACAUCAUCAGGACCAUUCUGAACAUCCCCUCUGCUCAGCAGAGGAAAAAGGCCUUUUCCACCUGCUCCUCCCACAUGAUAGUCAUCUCCCUCACUUAUGGCAGCUGUAUCUUCAUGUACAUAAAGCCCUCAGCAAAAGAAGGAGUCGCUUUUAAUAAGGGAGUAGCUGUGCUCAAUACCUUAGUUGCCCCUUUACUGAAUCCAUUCAUUUAUACUCUGAGGAAUAAGCAAGUAAAGCAGGCCUUCAAGGAUGUGACUAGGAAGAUUGUGAAUCUAUAA